AAAAGUUUGUUUAAACAUGGACGUCAAAGGAAGAAGUUGAGCUCCUCUGCAGGUGCACGUUUUCGUGGUUAUGAGAUUAUGAUAAUGGAUGAUGGAAUAGAAGUGAAGAGAUGUGGAGUGAAGUUUUCUCCACCAGCUCUCGUAUUAAACUACCUCAUAAAGGAUUCAGGCAAGAUGCACAGAAGGACGAUGCCGCUUCGAAAUUUUAAUAAAAAUUCAAGUGUGGAUGCCACCGUAGAUGAGUUGCUGGCAAACCCAAAACAUAGCAAGUUUAUGAAAUGCAUGCCUAAAUUUCAGCUAUACAGACUUAUAGCCAUUAUCAGGGAUAAAUUAGGUGGAAUGUCCCUUGAAGAAAGUUUAGCAAGAAAUGAUGAGAUUGACAGAUUAGACCCAGAGGAAGAUUUAAAUAAGGUUGAUGUAGAAACACUCCAGAGAAAAAAGUCAAUUAUGGAGGACACUUUUGAAAAGAAUUUGAAGAAACCUAGUGAUCCAGACUUUCAAUAUGAUGUACAAAUGGACUUUAAUGAAGUUGAGGCAUGCGAGUGGGAUUCAGAGGAGUCAGAUCAGGAAUUCUAGAAUACCAAGAUUCAGAGGAGCAGGAAUUCUAGAACAUCAAGAUUCAGAGGAGUGGGAUCAGGAAUUCUAGAAUACCUAGAUUCAGAGGAGUCGGAUCAGGAAUUCUAGAACACCUAGAUUCAGGGGAGUUGGAUCAGGAAUUCUAGAAUACCAAGAUUCAGAGGAGUCAGAUCAGGAAUUCUAGAACACCAAGAUUCAGAGGAGUCGGAUCAGGAAUUCUAGAAUACCAAGAUGCAGAGGAGUCGAAUAAGGAAUUCUAGAACAUCAAGAUUCAGAGGAGUUGGAUCAGGAAUUCUAGAAUACCAAGAUUUAGUUAAGCUUUUCAUUUCAAAACAUUGUGAUCUUAGUACUGUGCUAUACUCAGUGGGUAAAUUUUCGCUCAAUGUAAUUUGGCCAAGCACACCAAAAAAGAAAAAACAAUUUUGUUACAGUGCUACUUUAGAUUUGACCAGGUAUAACUUGCAAUAUGUACCUUAAAGCAAUACAAGAUGUAACUGACAGCAAAUAAAUUUAAAAAUAAAAGAACAAAUAUUCAAAAUAUUUGUGAUUGAAAUUUUUCAAUGUUACCCUCAACUACAUGCAAUAUUUGUUUUAUUAUACUAAAUGUUAUAUAAAAAAAACAAAGCAGAAAAAACUUACGUCUGUUUACAUUUAAUCAAUCACUAUCAUGCGAUAUCUCGUAUAUCGAUAUGGGUAUUCGCGUUUAUUACAAAUGCUCAAACGACGUCGUCUAACAACCUACGGCGAACUGUACGCGCAGAAAUUUGACGCAUGUGAUAAUUUUUUAUAAUUUAACCCAUUGUCAAGUACUGUUACCCGUUGCUAGAUACUAUCACCCUGGAGCGCAUGCUUUCUGUUCUCAGAGGGUAAUAAUAUGUUUUUUCAAAUGCUUCUCAACCAAUCAGAUUAGAGUAUUUUACAUGAAAGUAUAAUAAUAAAAAAUACCGCCAGUUACAGAUUGUAUUGCUUUAAGAGUACUUAAGCUAUUUUUAUUAGAUUAGCCAAUUUGGAAUUUGUCUACAAGAUAUGUCAAAUAGUUAAAUGGGUGAAGAUAAAAAGGGGAUGAAAUUUUUCUAGAACUGUAUACAAUGCAGUUAUGCUGAUUGAUAUUACUUUUGAAUUCAUUUCAUGCUAGUAAAUGAUAUGAACAAGGAGUCUUAUUUUGAGUUAUUAUAUGCUAUUUCUUUUGAAAUACAAAUGCAAAAUUUCUCUCGUGUAUGGACCAUUUACUCUUACUUUUUAUGUUCUCUGUGUUACUAGUAGAAAGACUAAUUAUGAAAAGGGGGGGGGGGGGAUACUGUCAUCUGCAGUUAUGAAGUGAGCUAGAAUUGAAGAUUUGGAUGGAUAUGCCAUUGACUCAGUGUUAAAUGUGUUUGACAGUGGGUUUACAUGUGCAUGUCUGAUAAACUAUAGCAAUUUAGAUUGAUAGGAAAGGUUCAAUAUGGCAAAUUUUGUGGCUCUAAAAUAAUCCCUCAUAUUGAUAGAAUAAAUCACACACACACACAAAAAAAAUUGCUCAUGCUUUAAAUUUGUGUGGAUUGAUAUUUCCUCAAUAGCACAAUGUACACAUAUUUAUUUUAUACUCCUGCCAGUAAUUUGAUAUUCAUUAUGUACUGUAGAUGCACCAUAAGAUAGAUAGGUGGUAUCAGGGGUUGUUUUUUGUGUUGUUAUGAUAUUUUCAUGUAGAUGCUAUCUAGAUAUUUUGAAUUUUUCAAUUUAUGAUUUCACAAAUCUUAGGAUUUUUUAAAAUUUCAAUAUAUGUGAAGUAGAAUUUCAAGCAUAGUACGUACAUCUACUAAAGAGUAGAGAGUUUUAAAAAUACUUUAUAAAUGUCUAGAACACUUGUUCAAUGUUCAUAGUUUAAACUGCACUGCAUGUCAGUAAAGUGAUAAUUGACUCUAUCGCUGGAUUCAAUACUUCUAAGAAAUCAUGAUAUUAAAUUACACUAGCACAUGCAUUAUCCAUGAGAAAACUACACAAUUUGCAAUUAUUAUUUUGCUUUAUGAUCUAUUGCUAAAAAAUGUCCAUGCAUCACAAACCAUCCCAGCAUUAGCUCACCUAAGCUGAAAGCCCGAGUGAGCUUUUCUGAUCACCUAUUGUACGUUGUCUGUAUGUUCGUCUGUAAACUUUUUACAUUUUCGACUUCUUCUCCAGAAACACUGAGCCAAUUUCAACCAAACUUGGCAAAAACCAUCCUUGGAUGAAGGGCUUUCAAGCUUCUUCAAAUAAAGGGCCGUGCCCCCUUCAAAGGGGAGAUAAUCACAAAAAUGCAAAAAUAGGGUGGGGGUCUUUUAAAAAUCUUCUCCAGAAUCACUGGACCAGAUGAGCUUAAAUUUACAUGAAAGCUGCCUGACAUAGUGCAGAUUCCAGUUUGAUUAAAUCAUCCCCCCCCCUUGAUGGAAGGAUGAAGCCACAAUAGGGGAUCAAAUUUUUAUACACAUAAUAGAGACAAUCUUUAAAAAAAUCUUCUUCUAAAGAACCAUAAGGCCAGAGAAGUUUACAUUUACACGAAAGCUUCCUGACAUAGUGCAGAUUGAAAUUUGUACAAAUCAUGGCCCCUGGAAGUAGGUUGGGGCCACAACAGGGAUAAAAGUUUUGCAUGUGAAUAUAUAGGGAAGAUAUCUAAAUAUGGACCAAGGUGACUCAGGUGAGUGAUGUGGCCCCUGGGCGUCUUAUUGUCUGAGAGACAUAAAUGUAAUAGAUACUACUCAUUGACAUGAAAUGUUUACAUUAUUGUAUGUGGAUUGUUUUGUGUAUAUCAUGUGUAACUCUUGCUUCAUAUAUCAGUUGUAUAGGUGCAUGUAUGGCUCACAUACAAAGAGAAAUAUUUAUUAUUAUCAUAUGUCUAUAAUUGUUAUAUGAAAUAAAAUCAAUUUUAUACAU